CAACAAUCAUAUAUAAAAAAGUAUUAUAUUCAGAUGAUUAGUAUCAAUUUUAAAUUCUACUUGUAACCUUUAAAAAUAUAUAUUCCCCAUGAUGAAAUUCCAAAUAAUUUAUUUAACUAUCAUUUCUAAUAUAUAUUUUGUUAAAAGUGAUGAAAUUUUAACAAAUGAAUUUACUUUAUUGCAAAAUAAAUUAUUUGCCGAUGUAUUAGAUACAAAAGAGAGACUCGAACAUUUAAAAGAAUCUGUGGAUAUUUUAAAUAAAAGACAUUUGCAACAGAUCAAUGGCUUGAAAGAUGUAGUUGCCACAUGUCAUAAAACUGACACUGGCAUUGAACCCUUGCUAAAUAGUGAAGAUAUGUGCGAAGAAAUAAUAUUUUACUCUAAUGAAACUCUAAGCAAAUAUGCCCAGUUUAAUGAUAAACUUCUAAUAAAAUUAGCAGACAGUCAUAGAAAUCAGAGUCAACAUUUAGAUGCAAUUUUAAACCAUCGUAAUGUUGAGAAUGAAUGCCAGCUUGAAAAUCCUCAAUUAAUAGCAACAUCUACGGAAAAUUUUUUAACUGAAAUUGAUAUUAAAAUCAAUAAAUUUGAAGAACAAUUAAGUCAAUUUGAAUUUUUGGAAGAAAAACUUACAUUACAGCAAAAGAAAUUUGCUGAAUUUAAUGAAAAUCAAAUGAAAUUAUUAACGAAAAUCAAAGAUAAAUUAUUGAAAAAUGAAGAACAAUUUGUAAAAUAUCAAAGAGAGUUGCCGGAUAUAAAUAAUUUUUCGAAUAAAAUAAAUAAUCUAGCAAACUGGAGACACUGGGGACACCGACAUAUACCCAGACAAUAGGAAUCAUUUAAAUAAGUUGUUGGUUAUAUGAAAAUAAAAAUUGUAAAUAGUUAA